GUAUCAAGUGUCAGCCGGGAGGGGCUGGGCCAGGCCUCCACUCCUCCCUCCUUCCCCUCCCAGGGCCCUCCCCUGCUAAACCAGGAGCUCCAGGGGGCCGCUGGGCAGGUGCGGAGGUGCCAGCCAGCGGCCCAGGCCCGGAACAGCCCUCCUUGCCCACCCCACCCCCCAGCAGGCCUCCAGUGGGGCCACGUGGCCAUGCAAAUGACGAGUGGCCAGGCCUCCCCAGAGCCUGGGCCUCCCACGGCUGGGCCAAGCAGCUUCCUGCUCGAAGAGAUGAGCCAUGCUGCAGGGCUGCUGGGAACAGCCGGAGGCCGCCUGGUUGCCAGCACCUGGCCACAGCCCAGUCCCCCAUCAGCCAUGCCGGACCUGCAGGUGGACCGGGUGGAGAACACAUCCCAGAGUGCCCCCCAGCUCUUCCUCAUGACCCCACUGGCCCGGGGCAUCUCAGGGGUCUUUGUGUGGACGGCCCUGCUGCUCACCUGCCACCAAAUCCUGCUGCACCUGCGUUCCUACACAGUGCCGCUGGAACAACGCUACAUUAUCCGCCUGCUGCUCAUAGUACCCAUCUAUGCCUUCGACUCCUGGCUCAGCCUCCUCCUCCUGGGCGGCCACCCCUACUACGUCUACUUCGACUCAGUGCGGGACUGCUAUGAAGCCUUUGUCAUCUACAGCUUCCUGAGCCUGUGCUUCCAGUACCUGGGGGGCGAGAGCGCCAUCAUGGCCGAACUCCGCGGAAAGCCCAUCCCGUCCAGCUGCUUCUAUGGCACGUGCUGCCUGCGGGACAUGUCCUAUUCCAUCGGCUUCCUACGCUUCUGCAAGCAGGCCACCCUGCAAUUCUGCAUCGUGAAGCCGGUCAUGGCCCUGACCACCAUUGUCCUGCAGGCGUUCGGCAAAUACCACGACGGGGACUUCAACAUUCACAGCGGCUACCUGUAUGUGACCCUGGUCUACAACGCCUCCGUCAGCCUGGCCCUGUACGCCCUGUUCCUCUUCUACUUCGCCACCAAGGAGCUCCUGCGACCCUUCGAGCCCAUGCUCAAGUUCCUCACCAUCAAGGCCGUCAUCUUCCUGUCCUUCUGGCAGGGGGUGCUGCUCGCCCUGCUGGAGCGGUGCGGGGCCAUCCCCGCAGCACAGACGGGAGACGGAGGCACCGUGGAGGCUGGGACACUGGCCGCCGGCUACCAGAACUUCCUCAUCUGCCUUGAGAUGCUGUUUGCAUCCGUCGCCCUGCGCUACGCCUUCACCUGCCAAGUGUACUCGGAGAAGAAGGAGAACUCUCCAGGCCCUUCGGCUCCCAUGCAGAGCAUCUCAGCAGGCCUCAAGGAGACAGUGAGUCCCCAGGACAUCGUGCAAGACGCCAUCCACAACUUCUCCCCAGCCUACCAGCAGUACACGCAGCAGGCCACGCACGAGGCCCCGGGGCCCGGCGAGGGCACACACCCCUCGCCUGGCACCUACCUGGGCAGCGGCGGCAGGAGGAGCCGGAAUGUGGAAAAGCGGAUGCUGAUCCCCUCAGAGGACCUGUAGGGUCCCUGGGAAGGGGCAGGACCCCCACCCCCCACCAGCCCUCUUGCCAGAGGUCAAGUCUAUGCCAGGAGCCUCUGCCCG